AUGCUGCAAAAUGUUCUGAAAAGAGCAAUCUCAUGCAAUCGCAACUUCUGCCAAGGACAAUGGCGGCAAUGGAAGAAUCCUACGCAAUUACGGGCAGCGAGCAUAGCAUCAAACGGCCUUUCGAAAGUUAAUCGUCACCACAAGCCGAAGGCUGUCAACUACGAUAAUUUCACUCGAAAUGAUGAAGAGACAAUAUAUGCCCUUUCAUCCGGUGCUGGUAGAGCUGGAAUUGCGGUGAUUCGGAUAUCUGGGCCAGCAUGCGACGAUAUAUGUGAAGGGCUAUGCAGCGAACUGGAGAAGAACUUAAAGCCGCGCUACGCUUCUGUGCGAACGCUCUACGACCCAUCGGACACCACGAACGUACUGGACUCUCAAGCGGUUGUUAUCAAGCUCCCGGCACCGCGAACUCAAACUGGAGAAGAUAUGGUGGAAUUUCAUGUACACGGCGGUAAUGCAACCGUUAAGGCGGUUCUGGAAGGCAUCGCGGCGGUUAAGUCGCGGCACAAUAUCCGUUACGCUGAAGCUGGAGAAUUUACCCGUCGAGGAUUUACGAAUGGGAAGCUUGAUUUAUCACAGGUCGAAGCUUUGAGCAAUCAACUGUCCGCCGAGACGGAGCAACAACGUCGCGCUGCUGUGAAAGGGUCCUCUAAAUAUCUGGGGACACUUUAUGAAAGCUGGCGGAAGUCACUACUUGAUGCGCGGGGAGAAAUGGAGGCAUUGAUUGAUUUUUCGGAAGACCAGCAUUUCGAUGAGUCCCCAGCUGAAUUGUUGAGUGGUAUCUCGGAGAAAGUUCGAGAUAUGCAAAAGUCCAUUGUGCAGCAUGAGGAUGCAAGCACUCGUGGCGAGUUGCUCCGUCGUGGUAUUCGAAUAUCUCUUCUUGGUGCACCGAACGCUGGAAAAAGUUCUCUGCUCAAUCAAAUUGUUGGUCGCGAGGCAUCCAUUGUUAGUCAAGAGCCUGGUACCACCCGGGAUAUAGUAGAGGUCAGUCUUGAUAUACGGGGUUACCUUUGCACUUUUGCCGACACAGCUGGUCUACGAACGGAAGAAAAUGCGACGAGUGCGGGAGUCGAAGCCACUGAACAUAAGAUUAGUUCGAUCGAACAAGAGGGAAUUCGUCGAGCAAAAGCUAAAGCGUCUGAAUCCGACCUGGUCAUUGCACUUGCAUCAGUCGAGCAAUCUGCCUCAUCAGGUAAACUUGAACUCAAGUAUGAUCCGGAAGCGCUUUCUCUUGCCGCUGCAGCUCCGAAUUCUCUUAUUGUAAUCAACAAAUGGGAUCUUGUGCCGAUCGACAAAGAAGACCAGUUGAUCAGCAAGUUUAAGAUACAUACAGAGGAACUUACUGGCCCAAGUACUCGUAUAGUUAUGAUUUCUUGCCGAGAAGCGGAGAGCACGAAAGGCGAAAGGGGCGGCAUCGACAAUCUAGUUGAAGUGCUCGCUACUAAUUUUCAAGGAAUGACAGAGCUGAGACCUGAUCUCCAAGAUCUGCUUGGAGUUACGGAACGGUCACGUCAACUUCUCGUCAAAACUUCUGAGUCGCUUGAAGCCUAUCUGGAGGAGGCGAGUGACGAAAGCAAUGAGGCUGAUAUUGUCAUUGCUGCCGAGCAUCUGAGAGAUGCGGCACAAAGCCUUGCGCGUAUUACCGGCAAAACAGUGAGUGAUGUGGAAGAGGUUCUGGGUGUUGUAUUUGAAAAAUUCUGUGUAGGAAAAUAA